UGCAGUAAUUGCAGGCUUUGUGUUCUAAUAACAGGCUUCUCUAUUGCCUGAGCUAUCCCGGCCCUUUUAUUAGAGAGUAGGUUGUGUAUUUCUAAGUGGAAGGUAAUGGAUUGGUUGAUGAUAGAUUCCAUUACUUUGCAGGCGACGCAGCAUAGGGAGAUUGGUCUGUAAUUUUCAACUAAGUUGGGGUCUCCUUUUUUGAAGACAGGGAUGACCGUGGCUAGUGACCAAAGAUUGGGAAGGGAACUGGUUGUGAAAGCUUUAUCAAAGAUUAUACUCAGGGGUUCUGAUAAAUUAGUAGAAAGUUUUUUUAAGAAGUAAGCACAUAGUCCAUCAGGUCCUAUGGAUAGAGAUGGUUUCAAGUUGCGAAGAGCUUUUCCAACAUUAUCUUCUGUGAAAUCUAUAUGUGUUAAGUCAUCAUACUCAUUGCUUGUACAAUUUGGGAAUGUUGGAUAUGUGUCAUCACUGUUAACAAAAACUGAGCCAAAGAAUGUGUUAAAGAGGUUUGCUUUAGUUGUUUCGUCAUUGCAUUCUUUGCCGUUAGAAUCUUUCAGUGGUGGGAUGGAUCUUGAGUCUUUAAGUUUAUUGUUCACAAAAGUAUAAAAGGCACGAUUGGAAUUUGUGCGCAGAAGGUCCUCUUCUUGCUUGGUGUGGUAAUUUGUGCAUUCAGUUUUUAUUUGGUUGCAUAUAUUUCUGUAGUGGUUUUUGAAAUUUGCUACAUAGCCCUUUUUGUUUCUCCUCCAGAGGGAUUUUUUUUUUAGAUUGAAGCUGUUUUAUUGAUAUGGGUAGUUUGCUUUUCCUGAUCUUGGUGGCAGUUUGUGGUACAUAUAGUUUAAUGACUCUAUUGAUUUCAAGUAGGAAAACUCUAUAAUGGUCUUCAGCAGUUAUACAGGUUGGGAACAGAUUUCGCCAGUCCAGAGAUGAAAGAUCGUUGUUUAUAAGGUCAUAGUUGGCUUUUUUGAAGUUGUAGUUAGGAAUACUAUUGAUAUGAUAAUUUAUGUAAGGGCAUAUAUUGAGACGAAAGUCAAUCAUGCAGUGGUCGCUGUUGGAAAAGGGUUCUUUUAUUUGUAGUCCAUAAAUGGAAUUUGUGUUGUUGCAGCUUAGACUUAAUCAGUGGUGGUAUUCAGCCAGUUCUAUCCGGUUCGGGAGAACCAGUAGUGGCAGCUGUGGGAGGCUCCGCCCACCCACCCAGAUGUCAUCACAUCCCAUUUUUGGGAUGUGCAUGCACAGAGGUGUCAUGUGCACAGAGGUGUCACGAUUUAUGUAAGGGCAUAUAUUGAGACGAAAGUCAAUCAUGCAGUGGUCGCUGUUGGAAAAGGGUUCUUUUAUUUGUAGUCCAUAAAUGGAAUUUGUGUUGUUGCAACUUAGACUUAAUCAGUGGUGGUAUUCAGCCAGUUCUAUCCGGUUCGGGAGAACCGGUAGUGGCAGCUGUGGGAGACUCCGCCCAGCCACCCAGAUGUCAUCACAUCCCAUUUUUGGGACGUGCAUGCACAGAGGUGUCACGUGUGCUCACAUUUGCAAACUGAUAGCAAAGGUAAAUGAAUACCACCCCUGGACAUAAUGGUAUGUUGCAGUGGACAGGUUCACAUAUCAUGCUGACUCAAAAACAAGCAGACCAUAUUCUGGAUGGAUGGAUGGAUGGAUGGAUGGAUGGAUGGAUGGAUGGAUGGAAGGAAAGUUCUUUUCUUUUCUUCCUUGUACUACCUUUUCAUACAAAUGGAAAAACAGAUUACCUUGGAAUAUUGUCAUUCUGGAUAAAGAGACUUUUGUUAUUUGUUCAGAUGCAAUGGAACAAUCUAGAGAAUGUGAACAAUGAAAAUUUGUACUGUUCAUGCUUGCCGAAUGUGCUGUUUCCUUGAGAACAAGAAUCUGAGCUGCUAAACAUAGCUGCCAAAACAAGUGACGAACCAGCCUGCUUCAUUGGAUGCUAUCUCAACUCUGCUUGUUGCUGCUACUGUAAGGGUGUAGGUGGAACUGUCAGUGGUAAAGACUAUAUAGAAUUAUCCUCUAUUCAGCUGCUAAUUAGAUUUCUGAUGGAAGGGAUCUAGUCUUUCCGCCUUGACUUUCUUCCUCCGUCAUGGCUGUAAUUCAAUUUCCCUCCCCUAAUCCACCCCCUCACCUUUCUGACUAACGUCGUUGCAGCUAAGCAAGAUCAAAAUCUACUUAUAUUCAUUUGGAAAGGAAUACAGAGGGAUUUUAUCAACAGAACUCAUCCAGGUCUUGAACAAUUUCUUGAUAAAUGGAAAACUACAAGAAGACUUUCUGAGAUGAAGCCACAAUUGUCCUGGCAACUCUCUUGCAAAUGGCAAGUACUGGGCUUAUUUUUAUUAUUCAACUGGGUGUUGAUUACAGGACAGAUCCGCUAUUCUAUUGUGGAGGAAUCGAAGCUGGGGACCAUGGUGGGAGAGGUGGCACAUGACCUGGGCUUAACACUGGCAGAUCUUUCAAGUCGUAGACUUUGGCUAGGCUCUGAGGAAAGUAAGAGGUACUUUGCAAUUAACUUGGACAGUAGUGCUCUGAUAGUGAAUGAAAAGAUAGAUCGAGAGACUCUCUGUGGAGCAAGCUCACUGUGCAUCCUGCCUGUGCAAGUAGUAAUUGAAAAUCCUUUGGAACUCUUUCACCUGGAGGUAGAGAUUCUGGAUUUGAAUGACAAUUCACCCAAUUUCAUCACUCCCUGGCUUGUAUUGAGGGUAGCAGAAUCUGCUGCUACAGGAUCACGGUUCCCACUUGAGAGUGCACAUGAUGCAGAUGUUGGGACCAAUGCAGUCAGUGCCUAUCAGCUCAGUCCCAAUCUUCAUUUCAUACUUGAUAUAAAGAAUGUGAAGGAUGGCAAACUUUUACCUGAACUGGUGCUAGACCAGCCUUUGGAUAGAGAAAAGCAAUCAGAACAUCAGCUGAUGUUGACUGCCUAUGAUGGAGGGGACCCUGUCCUGUCAGGAACAAGUCGGCUCACCAUUGUGGUCCUUGACAAUAAUGAUAAUGAGCCGACAUUUGAUCUACCUGUGUACAAGAUACAUUUCUUGGAAAACAUUCCCGUAGGCUCUUUAAUUUUUAAACUCAAUGCAACUGAUCCUGAUGCAGGUUCUAAUGGGGAAAUACAGUAUUCGUUUGGAAUCCAUACAUCAGAUUCCAUCCAGACAUUGUUUGGUUUAGAUCCCCAUACAGGUGAGAUCUGUAUUCAAGGUGUUGUGGAUUUUGAAGAAUCCCAAUUUUAUGAACUUCACAUAAGAGCCAGAGAUAAGGGCAUACCACAGAUGGAAGGCCACUGUGUUAUCCAAAUAGAAGUUGAAGAUGAAAAUGAUCAUUUCCCAGAUAUUCUGCUUACCUCCUUGGUAAAUCCACUGCCAGAAAAUAUACCUUUAGAAACAGUGGUGGGGCUUUUCAGUGUGCGAGAUCAAGAUUCGGGUGUCAAUGGAAAAGUAAGCUUGCAAAUACCAACGAACCUACCCUUUAAAAUUAAAUCCUUUGAAAAUCAUUUUUCCUUAAUUACACAUGAAAAGCUGGAUAGAGAAACAGUCUCUCAAUAUACUAUAAAGCUCACUGCCCAAGACUCAGGAAUUCCACCUUUAACUAGAGAUUUGACUGUCUUGUUGAACAUUUCAGAUGUCAAUGAUAAUACACCAUUCUUCUCUCAGCAUCUCUACAACUCCUUCUUGAAAGAAAACAAUCCACCUGGCUCUCUGUUGUGCACUGUAUCUGCCUCCGAUCCUGAUGAGGGUGAUAAUUCCCAGCUCACUUACUCAGUGGCUGGAAAUCAGGUCCAAGAUGCCCUCAUUUCUUCCUUUAUUUAUAUCAACCCAGAUAAUGGGGAUAUAUUUGCUCAGCAUUCUUUUGAUUAUGAAAUGUUUCAAGUGUUGCAAAUCCUUGUUACUGUGCAGGAUGCUGGGACACCGAUAUUAAACUCCAGUGUUACUGUUCAUCUCUUCAUAUUGGAUCAGAAUGAUAAUGCUCCUGUUGUUUUGUAUCCAGUGACUGGCCAGCAAUUGUCAGCACUCCAGAGAAUCCCUCUGUUGGCACCAGUAGGUUAUGUCAUCACAAAAGUCACAGCAGUGGAUGUAGAUUCUGGUCUUAAUGCCUGGCUGUCCUACUCCUUACUCCCCCAAUCUACAAAUGCCUCCCUGUUUCGAGUGGCGCCAUACACUGGGGAAAUAUGGACUGUUCGAAGCUUCCAAGAAACAGAUCUUCUUCCACAGAAAAUCCUUGUCCUUGUUAAGGAUCAUGGAAAACCACCUUUGUCCACUACUGUUACAAUCUUGGUCUCACUAGAGGAAAAAGCAUCCGAGGAAAGUUCACAGUCUCGUGAGUUCAUAAAUCAUCCCAAAGAAAAAUCUGUUCUGACUCUGUAUCUGAUUAUAGCUCUGGUGGUGGUUAGCAUUGUCUCUCUCAUUACUUUAAUUGUCUUGUCUGCAAAAUGCUUUUGGAAAAGAAAAGGCAAAGAUUCUCCUUACACCAUAAACAAUGCUCCUAUCAGGGAUCUUUUCAAAUACUCCAGUCCUAAACUGCAACUCAACUCCAAUGGUACCCUGGAAUACAUGGAGGUGACACUGAGGCCUGCAGACUCCCAUAGCCAGCCCCAUAAAUCCAAGCAUUCUUCAGGAUCAGACAGAAGUGAUUUCACCUUCAUGAGGCCUGUGUAUUCUCAGCCAAGUACCCUAACAAGGAAAGUUGAUUCUUUUUUGUCCCAUAUUAAUACGCUGAACCAUCCAAAGCAGGUGAGGUGACCUUUUGUGUUUUGUCCUGAUCCCAUCCCAAACAUAACUGGUAUUUCCAGUAACUGAAAUUUGACCAAGAGCUAACCCAAAGGUACUUUUUCAAAAGGCUACUGGACUUUGUUUUUCCUUUAAGAUGUUUUGCUUCUCAUCCAAGAAGCUUCUUCAGUUCUGACCGAACAGUCAGAACUGAAGAACUGAAGAAGCUUCUUGGAUGAAAAGCAAAACAUCUUAUAGGGGGGAAAAAGGCCAGUUGCCUUUUGAAAAAGCACCUUUGGGACAACCAUGACCUGGAUGACUGAGAGUCUCUAUAGACAUUUAGACCAAAAGCUAAAUUCUUAUGGGUCUGUAGCUUCAUAAAUGGAUAGAUUGAGCAUGGGCUAAUUCACACCUUAUUAUCAAAAUGGGACAGGAACUCUGAUCGUGUUUUCUAAAAUAGAUACUUUGGAGAUGAGGCAAAUUUUGUGGAUUGAUCCCAAUGACAUUAUAUGUGCUGGAAGUACCUAUGAUAGGAACAAGGAACUGGGGAGCAGUGGCUUGAUUUGAGCAAGAAUGAGAAGAAAAUUCAAAUGUUAAUAAUUGUAUAUAUCAUUUUCCAAAUGCUGUCAAAAUCAGAUUUUAUUUCAUUUUUAACAUAUUUACAAUUGCAAAGCUCCACCACCUGCCAAGUGGUUUGUUAUUAGAAAAAUAGAAUAUGUAUUUUCUGAAAAAAAAUACAUCUUAUCCUAAAAGUAUCAUUAAUUCAGCAUUCUACAAAUAAUUAGCUGGGUGAGUUAGGAUGGGGGAAGGAGGGAGCCAUUGCUAGCCUUAAUUAAUUGUCAUUUCUGAUAGAAAAUGAGAAAUUUGCUGUUUUGCUGCGCAUAUAAUAUAGGAGGAACCAGCUGUGUUGUUAGAAUAAAUUUUGCAUGCUGUUAAUACUUCUGGUGGUCAGAUAAGCUAGAACAAAGCCAAAAUGGGGCAAGAUGUUGGGCUAUGUUUUCCACAGCCUGUCUUUUUGCUUGAUGUCUCUAGGUUUUAAAAAAAAACUCAGGUUACCGCGGUCCUUUUUCACACAGUAGCUGCUUUCAGACAUGGAUUGGUGCUUGUGUUGCUGUCCUGGGAAAGGCUCUGCUGAUUGGAUAAAUAGAAAAGUAGUCUCAGCGAAUGAACAGGCGGUUAACGCUGAAGACCUGCCGUGCGUACCACUCCCUCCAUAGCAGUGACAAUCUCUCUCAAACCAAAACAAUGAAUG